GCCCACGAGGAGCUUUCAGUGUGGAGGCCAUUAAUAUGAAUUAAAAUGAAUAAAUAAAGUAUGGAUAUGGACACAGGUGCCGCGGGACUGAGAAAACAAUGCUCCGACAUCACCGGGAGAAAAGAACUAUUCUGUCCCGACUUUUCUUUGAAUGCCGAUUGAGUAGUAGAUGUCUCGAUCGCCCAUCCCGCCGGACGGCCAUCUCGUCGCGGGCAGCGAACGCGCCCGGUCGUGACGUCGUAGGCCCCUCUCCCGACGAUCAGGUCGGACGCGGUCGCCGUCCCACACGGGACACGCGGUCUGAAACCCCGUUGUACCAGAUGGGGUAGCGGGCAGGCCCAGAGAAGCGAAGCGACUCGCCCAGGACGAGCCAGCCAGCCGGCAGACGAGCGGCGCCGCCAGCCGGGACGAGAACCCAGGUGGUCGGGCUGCCGGGCCCUGCGGCGAAGGGAGAGGAUAGCAUUUCUCACAAGACCAUGGAUUCAAUGGCUGAACAUAGCUCCUCUGCCUAUCAACACGACAAAACCUAAAGCCUCAUAUAUGUUUUAUAAUGGUGGCAGCAAGGCUUGGUUCGACUAUCCUAUCAGCUCAGCUACCGUGUCCCAGUCUCCGCAGCUUAGCGGCUCUCUGCCGGUCAUGGCCUCCUCUCCCAGCAACGCGUGCCUCCCAUUCCUCUUUCUGUUGCUUGGAGGGGCGGGGGUCGCCGUCUGCAAUUUGAUGACCGUCUCCCUGUCCUGGAGGGUAUGGCAUUUUGGCCACCCCAGGCCUAUGACCGUGUGGCAGGGCCUCUCACACUUCUGCUACCUGACCAGGGACAUCGCCCACACGAAAUCCGCUCCGCCGGCCGUCUGUGUGCAAAUACCGCCGACCAUUCAGCUGCCCUGGCAGAUUCAUCGGUGUCAGUCCUUGAUGUCCCUAGCCACGGGCCUGCAGGCGGCCGCCUUUCUUUUUAUGAGCUGGGGGCUUGUCGCGACCCUGCGGAGGAAGUGCCGCUCGCUGUCCCGCCCCUGCUCUCUGCUGGGAGGGAUCGCCCUCGCCCUGGGAGGCUCCCUGGUCUUAGGGACCGUGCUCUGGCACUGCCACCUGGACGGCAGCCCCUUCAGUUACCCUGCUGACUUCCCUCUGCCCGACCGGCCCGCGCGUCAGGAAAACGGAGCCGCGAUAAUACUGGGGGCCAUCACCGCCCUCGUCCAGAUCCAUAACGGGUUCUUCGUCUGCCUCCGGGGAUGGGGCCGGAGACCGGACAGAGAAGCGUAUCCUGAGGACGAAGUCUGAGGAGGAUUCGGGGACGGGUUCUACGCGGCGACCCGGCACCCUCCCCCCACGCUUCAUCCUAACAUUUAUAGUGGCACUUUUGAGGGGCGAAUCCUACAGAGAGGAAGCUGAGAGGGCUGACACGGCGAUAAGCCUCCACGUUGCGGUCUUGGCGUCGGUGGCCUUCGCCACUCUCAUCUCCAAAGAUCUAGUCUCGUCCUUAAUUUUAACAAUGAUAACUGUGGUGUUUGCAAAGCGCUUACUAUGUGCCAAGCCCCUUACCGAGCA